UGUACCUGAGUAUCCGUGUGCAGCAGAUUGAGAGACAUUCCAACCCACAGGAAGGGGAGAGGGAGAGAGAGAGAGAGAGAGAGAGUGGAAGAAAAUCUUAACACGAGGUGUUUAAAAAGGAAAAACGCAGGAUUCCCUCCUCCACUGGUGACCCCUCUACUCCUGCUCAUCCCACACCGUCCCCCAGAGUCUGGUGAAUCUAUCCUCACUGGCAAGGUGGGGAGGGGGGUGGAGGGAUGUAAAGGAAGGUGUUAAUAAUAGAGAGAGAGAGAGAGAGAGAGGUGGGGGGGGGGGUGGAGGAAAAACUAUGGCCUUUUCAACUUAAAAAGAGAGAACAUCGCCUUAAACCAGCAACAGGAAGAUAAGAGGGAAGACUGUUUCUUGGAACGAUGGGCAGUAAACAGCGAUAUCACUGGCAGCCCCAGAAUGUCAAACACAGCGGUGUGGACGAUAUGGUGCUGCUCUCCAGGAUCACGGAAGAUGCCAUCGUCGAGAACCUCAAGAAGCGAUACAUGGACGACUACAUCUUUACUUACAUCGGCUCUGUGCUGAUCUCUGUGAACCCUUUCAAACAAAUGCCCUACUUCACCGACCGGGAGGUGGAACUCUACCAAGGAGCGGCUCAGUAUGAAAAUCCCCCUCACAUCUACGCUCUGGCCGACAACAUGUAUCGGAACAUGAUCAUCGAUGGCGAGAAUCAGUGUGUCAUCAUCAG